GUACAGCCGGCCUGCUCUGAGCUCCCCUGCAGAUGGAGGAGGCCAUCCUGGUCCCCUGCGUGCUGGGGCUCCUGCUGCUGCCCAUCCUGGCCAUGUUGAUGGCACUGUGUGUGCACUGCCACAGACUGCCAGGCUCCUACGACAGCGCAUCCUCAGAUAGUUUGUAUCCAAGGGGCAUCCAGAUCAAACGGCCUCACACGGUUGCCCCCUGGCCACCUGCCUACCCGCCUGCCACUUCCUACCUACCCCUGAGCCAGCCAGACCUGCUCCCCAUCCCAAGAUCCCCGCAGCCCCUCGGGGGCUCCCACCGGACGCCAUCUUCCCGGCGGGAUUCUGAUGGUGCCAACAGUGUGGCGAGCUACGAGAACGAGGAACCAGCCUGUGAGGAUGCGGAUGAGGAUGAGGAUGAGGACGACUAUCACAACCCAGGCUACCUAGUGGUGCUUCCCGACAGCACCCCGGCCGCUAGCACUGCUGCCCCAUCAGCUCCUGCACUCAGCACACCUGGCAUCCGAGACAGUGCCUUCUCCACACUGCUGUGUGACAGGCCCUAUUUUACAGAGGAGAAAACUGAGGCACAGAGAGGUAAGGUCCCUUGGCUGAGGUUAUGUGGUUGGUUAGUGCUGGAGCUGGGAUUGAACCAGCCAGUCUUCAAAAACAAACAAGAAACACAUAAGAGAACCAAACAGGCUGGGCACGGUGGCUCACGCCUGUAAUCCCAGCACUUUGGGAGGCCGAGGUGGGUGGAUUACCUGAGGUCAGGAGUUCGAGACUGACCUGACCAACAUGGUGAAACCCAGUCUCUACUAAAAAUACCAAAUUUAGCAGGGCGUGGUGGCGGGCACCUGUAAUCCCAGCUACUCAGGAGGCUGAGGCAGGAGAAUUGCUUGAACUGGGAGGCAGAGGUUGCAGUGGGCCAAGAUCAUACCACUGCCCUCUAGCCCUCUGGACGACAGAGGGAGACUCCAUCUCAAAAGUAAAUAAAUAAAAUAAAAGAACCAAAUAACCAGGCGUGAUAGCUGAUGCCUGUGAUCCCAGCACUUUGGGAGGCUGAGGCGGGUGGGUCACUUGAACCCAGGAGUUCAAGACCAUCCUGGGCAGCAUAGGGAGACCCUAUCUCUACAAAAAUUCCAAAAUUUAGCCUGACCUGGUAGGAGCUGAGGUGGGAAGAUCAUCUGAGCCCAGGAGGUCAAGGUUGCGGUGAGCCGAGAUUGCACCACUGCACUCCAGCCUGGGUAACAGAGCGAGACCCUGUCUCAAGAAAAACAAAAAUAAAAAAACCCCAAAUAACAUGGAUGGUGACAGGCACCAUGAAGG